UUUAGUUUACUUAUAUUAGGAUUAAUUAGAGUUAUUAGUUAAUGCCAGUGAUGUCAGAGACGAGCUCAUUGAAAUCCUGGGUUUGGAAGAGAUCCUGUGUCUUAGAGUCCAUCAUAGACAUAUCCACAGGCUUAGUGUCUUUACUAAAUUCAUCACUCAUAUAUUUUGUGAAAUACUUCCUUUUGGUAGUACGUUUUGAGGAAGAAGCCUUAGAUUUCUUGAACUCAGUGUUAGCUUCCUUCUUAGGGAAGUUCUUCUUAGCAAGGAUGGCCUCAACCUUUGAGGUAGUUGAAGGAACACCGACUGAUUUCUCAUCAGAUGUAUCAGUAUCUGAUUCAACUUCAGCUUCGUUUGCUCCAAAAGUGAGAUUCUUUCCGAUAGAAGGUAUAUUAUUGGUCAGAACAUUCAAUUCUUCAGUAUUUUCUGAUCUCAUAGUGGCUUCUUGGUUUCUGAUUAGCUCUUCGCACUGGGCAGCUAAUUCUUCUGGGCAGCAGCAAUAUCCUGCUUCCCUAAGAGCGGCGAUGUUGACUUUCACAAAUUGGGUUGAUUCAGAUCGGGAAGUCGAAAGCAUUUCGUUUUCCUGUUCGAUUUGUUGCUUCUUCUUUUGGAGACUCUCAAUAUAGAGUUCUCUCAUUUCAUUCAUGAUGUUGGUUGGGAUAACUCUCUUAAAGGCGCUAUUUGGGAGAGUCAAGUCGUAUAAUUUCUCAAUCUGUUGAUCGAUUUUGAUGAUUUGAGAAGUAGUGAAUUUCAUUUUGGUUGUCUUAUAU